UUCUGAUAUUUUUUUAUUCACGGAUAUAAAACAAUGGGUCACAAAGUAUCCCGAGAGAAAGUGAACGUGGUAGUUAGCCUGCGGGAAAGCCUGUGCAGGCUGGACACCCUCAAGGUGUCUUACAGGGGCCGGGGAUGCCUCAAGAGGCGACGGGAGAUCGCCUGCUUUACCUUCCCCGUGACCGGCUGGUGGUGCGCCGAGGGGAUAGCGGCGUGUGAGGCCGAGGGCGGCCUGCGCGUGCCCUUGGCCGCGCUCAAGCAAAAGGACGGCAAUAGGACCGUCCAGCUGCGAUGCAGCUCCGGCAGGAAGACCCUGCUGAAGGGAUCGAUGAGUCUGGAAAGGUUCCUCGAUAACGUCGAGUUCCUGCACUUUUCGUUAUUCUGUGACAGCCAAGACCCAAGCGUGGCGUACACCAGCAUGAGGUGCAACGGGCGCCGCUGCGAUGAGGCUGCGCGGCCCCCAGUGUAUCACCAGGAAAAGGGCGUGAAAGAGGCCAGUAGCCCCGCCCAAGCCUCAACUACCCAGGCAGGUGAUGGAAGCGCCAUCACCCAAGACUCAACUACUCAGGCAGGUAAUGGAAGCGCCAUCACCAAAGUCUCCACUACUGAGACAGGUGAUGAAAGCGCCAUCACCCAAGCCUCAACUACUCAGGCAGCUGAUGCUGGAGUCAUCACCAAAGUCUCCACUACUGAGACAGGUGAUGGAAGCGUCAUCAUCACCAAAGUCUCCACUACUGAGACAGGUGAUGGAAGCGCCAUCACCAAAGUCUCCACUACUGAGACAGGUGAUGGAAGCGCCAUCACCAAAGUCUCCACUACUGAGACAGGUGAUGGAAGCGCCAUCACCAAAGUCUCCACUACUGAGACAGGUGAUGGAAGCGUCAUCACCAAAGUCUCCACUACCCAGGCAGGUGAUGGAAGCAUCAUCACCAAAGUCUCCACUACUGAGACAGGUGAUGGAGGCGCCAUCACCAAAGUCUCCACUACCCAGGCAGGUGAUGCUGGAGUCAUCACCAAAGCCUCAACGAACUGUGAGACCAAUGUUGUGAGUCCACCCCGCGGCACGACCAAGAACUCCACCAGCAAGACUCUCCGCCGCCGGAAGACCAAGAAGCCCAAAUGUCGCCCCCGAGGUACAGACACCGUGACUCCCGAGGGACACAGCGCGCCUUACACAUGGACGGACGCAUUUAUGGACGGCACGGCGAUCUGUAGCGUGGUCCUGUCCUGCGUCCUGUUGUACUGGACUGACUGGGGACGCGCCGCCACGCCCACCUGGAGGCCCUGAUGAGAACGGACCAUUAUCUCUUAUCUCUUUCU